UGAUGAGCUGAUCAUAAACUUCAGCAACCGUUUCGACAGCUUCAGCUUUGGACAGCAGCUCACCAUGUUCAUUCAGAACCCAUUUAUCAUCACUGAUGUCAGGGGCUUCUCAAAAGAAGUCACCCAGCACUUUAAAUUGGUAAAUUAUGGGCCUCUCCAGAUGCAACUAGUUGAUCUCCAAGCAGAUGUGUCCCUGAAAGAGCAGUUCCUAAGAACUGACCCUUCCACUUUCUGUCUCCAGACAGCUUUCCUAGGUCUGAGGAAAGUUGCAUUAUACAUCUUAACCAUGUUUGGCUCCACCUACAACUGUGAGGCAGCUUUCUCCACAAUGAACAUCAUCAAAAAUAAAUAUUGUUCGAGGCUCACCAAUGAGCACCUCCACAUGUGCAUGAGAAUGGCCCUGACUAUUCAAGACCAGGUUUAAAAUCCUAGCAGGACAAGCUAGAGCUCAAUUCUCCCACUGAGCAAAAAAGUUGGCAGUGGGAUAUAAGACUAAAACUGUUAAAUUGUUAAGAUAUGUUGGGAUUUAUUAUCUGUAAAAUUGGUUGCGACUGUGAAACGGAAAUGGGGAAAUUCAAGCUUUUCCUCCCUUUUAUAUUAUUUUUCUGAAGUUAAGCACUUUAUUUGAACAUGCACAGUUUUCACUUUGUAUUCAUUUUAAAAUGCAGCACUACUUUUAUUUAGUUCAUGAGAACAUUAUACAUAUCUGCAGUCACAUAUUCCAGUCCAGUUCUAUGUUACGUGAUAAUAAAUAUUGUUAAAGUGUUUUGAUCGUACUGAACUCAUUUGAUUUGACAGGUAUUGAUUACAUGCAACUACCAGGCUACUUAAAUAUAUAUCACACUAAAUAGUUAGAUAUUAUGAUCUUUUGGACCUUUGCUACAAGUAAAUGUCUCUAACUGGACCGCUUUCAAUUUUAGUUGAAUACCUCUGAUGUAAAUUGUGUGGUCAGUGUGUGAUGUUUCUCAUGUGUUCAGCACAAUGAGUGAGCUGCAGGACAUCAGCCAGCACAUCGAGGAGCGGCUCUCAUCCCUACACCGCAUGCUGGAGCUGUCUGCUGUCGGUAUGCUGCAGAGAUUAUUAUUAUGUUUGUCAUUACAAUGUUUCAUGUUUGUUUCUCUCUACAUUUCAGAGUUGCCCCAAAGAAAGAAACUUGCACAAGAAUUGGCCACACUCGAAAAACUUUUGGAGGAGUUUGAGAAAUGUGUUGGUCGGCAGAAAGAGCAACUGGAGCAGCUGAAGGAACUUGAGGAGUUAUUCCAGAUGAAUGUGCAGGAUGUCCAGCACCUUGAGGAGAACAUCCCUGCUCACAUGCCCAGGAAGAACAAAGGCCCAGCGAGUCGAGGAGAACUGCUAACGAGCCAGAAGGAAACUGCCGAUGUUCAGCCAGUCCAGCCCGAACAUGUCAAAAGGCCCACCAGGAUCGUGGUCAAAGAGGUUGAAAUCAUCACGGUGCCAGAGUUUGAGAGCAUCCCAUCGUACAUGAAAGGUCGCGUGUCGUACCAUCAACUCAACGUGGCGGUGCAGAGCAUUAACGCGGCGCUGAGCGCCAAGUACAAGAUCCUCCACCAGGGUGCGAAAACCCUGAGCAACCAGACGCGCAAGCUGCAGCAGCGCUUCAAGAGCGAGGAGACCAAGGAGACCAAAGGUCAGUUCUUUGUGGUGGAGGACGACAUUCGAGAGUUCACUCAGAUGAAGACGGACAAACGGUUCCAAGGGAUCCUGAACAUGCUGCGGCACUGCCAACGGCUCCGGGAGCUCCGGGGGGGCAAAGUCACCCGCUACCUGCUGCUGUGAGAUGGGAAUGUCUCCAGCGGGGUGGAGUCAUAUGCUACUUGCUGCUGUGAGACUGUCAAAUCCUCCAUAUGAGGUUUUAUUACACAGUCACACACACACACAGUACCUGUAAGCCCAACAAAACUAUCAUAAAGUACACAUACAAAUUUGUAUCAAUGUUUAUGCAUUAACUUUGCACCUGUAUGUGCUUAUUUACAGAUGAAACUAAUGUUUAUACAUCUAUAUAAUUGUUUUUGUGUGAAUGAGUCAUGAGUCAAAUAGAUUUGUUAACUAUAUUUUUGUCAAAUAAAAAUUCCAACGAAUUUCUUUUUUUAGAUCCUCAUCACGCAACUGGCGUCGAUUACAGUGAUGUGGUGGUCUUCGCAAUAAAACAUCUUUGAUGGGA